AUGGGCUUGGCAAGGCUGCUUUUCAGACUUUUUUUUAUUGUUCUUUUUGUCUAUGCGUCAGCGGUGGGGGCCGUGCUUGUGCCGUUCCCGCCCAGUUUUUUUGUCACCACCGGGACGACGAUACCAUUCCCGCUCGCCACACCCGUGGCACAGAGCGGAGCCAUUUAUGUAUCCAACAAGACGAAGCAGUUGCGCAUUGAUAACUUUUUUUUGGGAAGUCAAUAUUCCUUUAUUGCCGAUGGGGAGCGGCGGCGUGGGUACGUGCUGGAGAGCCACGCCCCGGGAAGCUUUGGCGCAAGUUAUGAGGAAAAAGGCAGUUUUUGUCGCACCUUUAAGAUGACUGGUGAUGUGACAAGCUUUGGUGUUCCCGAUGAGUUCCUGAAACACGCAGAAGGAAAUCUUGUGCGUGGUGUGGAGGUGACACGCUACACGGGGUAUGACCGUGACAGCACAGGGCCACUGCAACAGGUGGACUAUUACGUCCGUAACAUGACCUUCAAACUGCCUGGAGAGAAGAAGGGAACAGUAGAGGAAUUUGUGUUUACUAUUCCUUGGCGGGUACAAACUCAGCGUCAACAAAAGGCACUGAAAGAGCUUACAGGCGCUCCCGUCACUGUGCCGAAUUGGCGUUACUUUGGUGGCCCUUUCUUUGACGAGGUGAUUACGCCAGAUGAGCCCUUCGUGACCCAUCUGCAACGCCUUAUGGAGGACACAAUUGUCACGGUCGACUUCUACAAUUUUGUCCCCAUAGCACCAGACCCUUCGGUGUUUAAAGUCCCUUCGGACUGUGAAGAGGUGGAUGCGGGGACCGCAAGCAGCAACGUGGACAUCUCUCUCGCCCAAAGACUUUUGGUGGAUUUAAGUUUUUACACUACAGCCGGGCGGCAGACACUGCGGGAAAAAUCAAAGGACACGUGA